AUGGUAAAGGUGCGCAAGAAUCGCAUCGCCAAGCGAUCCGCGGCGCAGCCUUUCCCGGCCUUCCGCGCCUCGACAGCUAUCACGAAUCCGCAUCGUACUGGCGUCAAGGGGAAGAAGGAAGGUCAGUAUCGGGACAAGGCUACAAUCAAGCGCCUGAACAUGUACCGCGACAAGCCCAACCUGGAGAAGAUGCGCGUUCAGGCUACCGAGCCUGCUCGCAUCUGCCCAGAUCGCCGAUGGUUCGGCAACACCAGGGUGCUUACUCAGGAGCAGAUGACUAACCUGCGUAGCGAGUUGGAGGAGGCCGCAUCGAACCCCCGAACGCACAUCCUGAAGCGCAGCAAGCUACCCCUAUCUCUGUUGAAGAACGUGGAUAUGGUGGACGACAACGCCAAAAUCCUAUCGCUAGAGCCGUAUGAGCAAACUUUUGGCGCGAAGGCCGUGCGCAAGCGCCCGAAGUUGGCAGCGUCAACUGUGGAGGAGCUUGCUGAGCUCGCAUCCAGCGCGUCAUACGAUGCGUCUAAGGACGCAUACCUGAAUCGUGAGAAUCUGGCGGAGUCUUCGGAGGAGGCUCCGAACGUCGUUUUCAAGAAGGGGACUUCUAAGCGCAUCUGGGGUGAACUGUACAAGGUGAUCGACUGCUCGGACGUCAUCGUCCAGGUGAUAGACGCUCGGAAUCCCAUGGGGACGAGAUGCCACCGACUGGAGAAUUACAUCCGUGAAAACAAGCAGAGCAAGGCGCUGAUUCUGCUGUUGAACAAAUGCGACCUCGUCCCAACGUGGGUAACGGCGGCGUGGCUUAAGCAUUUAAAUCGCACUGUGCCGACGGUGGCAUUUCACGCGUCGGUCACCAACCCUUUCGGCAAGAAUACCCUGAUCCAGCUGCUAAAGCAAUAUUCCCAGCUCAUGAAGGAUCGCAAGCACUUCAGUGUCGGAUUUAUCGGUUACCCGAACGUAGGCAAGAGCUCCGUGAUCAACACUCUCAAGGGUGAAAAGAACUGCAAAGCAGCCCCAAUACCUGGAGAGACUCGCGUAUGGCAAUAUGUUUCUUUGACAAAGCGUAUCCACUUGAUAGACUGCCCUGGAGUCACCCCGAUCGAGGACAGUGACGAGGCCGAUCGUCUGCUCAAGGGCGUUGUUCGGGUGGAGCGUAUUAACGACCCGGAAAACUACAUCGACCGCGUCCUUGAAAUAAUCAGCAGGGAUGUGCUGGUUCAGCGAUACGGCGUCAGUGCUGAUUUCACGAACGAGAAUUUCCUGGAUCUGGUGGCGGAGAAAUUCGGCAAGUUCCGCAAGGGCAGGGUGCCUGACGUCUCAACUGCAGCAAGGAUAGUGCUGUACGAUUUCCAACGCGGACGCCUGCCGUUCUACAGUGAGCCUCCGCCAGCCGACCAGACCGUGGACCAGGCCGUUGAAAUCAAGGACCACAUCGCUGAACUUGGCCGCCUGCAACUGGGCACAGAUUUAGCGGAACCGGUUGGUGCGGAGGACGUGGAAUCUGGUGCUGCGUGCGUGGAAUCCAGCCCCGCGGCCGAGGAGAGCGAGGCUGCCCCGGCUAAGAAACACCACGUGCGCGAGUCCUCUGUCCCAUCGCAGAUCGCCGGCAUAGAUUACAACAGUUUCCUUUGCGCUUUCGCGUUUAAGCUGCGGGCUGUUUCCAACCUCCCGGAAGACGCCCGUCUAUUUCGUCGUAGCGUCCGUGCGUUCGCGCUGCCAGGGACUGUCGAACGAAUCUCGGGUAUCAUUGCGAGGAAGUUUGAGAAGAAGGCGGAGGAGAUAGAUCCGGACUGCGACUUCUUAAAAGAGUUUGGCGGUGAUAACCUGGACGAGGUGGAGUUGCUGCUCGCGGUUGAGGAGGAGUUCGACCUGACGAUUCCUGACUAUGAUUUCAGCGAGCUACGUACGUUGAAGGCGCUUGCUGACUACGUCGAUCGGAAGAAGGCACCUAAGAGUUAG